UUUUGUUGGCGAAGAUGAGUGGAUUGCAGAAGCCUCAUGUUGUGGCGGUGCCAUUCCCAGCGCUGGGUCACUUCAUUCCUUUUCUCGACCUCGCAAAACUCCUCGCUUCCAAAGGCCUUGCAGUCAGUUAUGUCGCAACGCCUGUUAACAUUUCCCUCCUGCAGAGCCACCUUCAUCAAGCUGUGAAAGAUGAUCUCGACAUUAGCCUGGUUACCCUUCCUACGCCCGACGUGGAAGGCUUAGAAGGACGAGAGAGGAACGAUCUUGUUCCGUUGGAGUCUAGAGGUCUUAUCUUCGAAAUGGCGGAAAAACUUCAACAUCCUUUCAGCACUUGGAUGGAGGAGCAAUUCCACCGACCAACAGCAACGCCUCCCGUGUGUGUUGUCUACGAUAUAUUUAUGGGUUGGGCUAUCGACACGGCCCAAAAGUUUAACGUUGCCAGUGUUCUGUUCAACACCUGUGGCGCCUUCGCAAUAAGUCUGAUGCAGUUCAUAUCCACUUCGAUAUCACAAAACACGUUGGAGAAAGAUGAGGAGGACAGUCUUGUGGUUAGCUUCAAUCUGCUUCAUCCUCUCAGAUUGUCUAAACAUGAGGUAGGCCCAGUUUUUCUCAAUCCAGACCUUUCAGACUCCAUUCAGCGUUUUUUCUUUCAGCGUUUGCAGGAGAUUGGGAAAGGAUCGGGAAUACUGAUCAAUACGUUCCACGAGCUUGAGUCUUUCUAUGUCCAACACUUGAAAUAUUUAACCGCUAAACCAGUUUGGGCCAUAGGUCCUGUGCAUUCACAAAAUUUAUUUGGAGGAGCAGGUAACGUUAACACCCAAGGGAAAAUGGUGGGCGUCAAUGAACAAGAGCUGGUUUGCUGGCUGGAUUCGAAAUGCCCUCGUUCCGUUGCAUACGUUUCGUUUGGAAUUCAGACUGCUUUAUCAGAAGAGCAGACACAUGCCCUGGGCAGAGGUCUGGAAGCCAGCGGACAACCAUUUGUAUGGGCUAUCAAAACGUACCCAAAGAAGGAAUUGGUUUCUUCAGAGUCAAAGACCGACAUCAAUAGCACAUAUCUGCCAGAAGGCUUUCUGGAGCGAACAAAAGAGAGAGGACUAGUCAUACGUGGGUGGGUGCCCCAGCUUGUAAUUCUUUCCCAUGUUUCGGUGGGUGCCUUCAUAAGCCACUGCGGAUGGAACUCUGCACUCGAAAGCAUUUCCCUCGGUGUUCCAAUACUUUCAUGGCCUAUGUUUGGAGAUCAACACUUAAAUUCAAAGCUUUUUGCUGACUUGGGCGUAGGAAUACAGUUCUGCCAACACACAGAUGGGAUUCCAGAUGAGGAGAGAGUGAAGGAGGCUGUCACAAUGGCUGUAACUGGGGACAAAGGAGAAGAGAUGAGAGAGCGCACAGAGAAAUUGAAGGAGAUGGCUACAAAUGCUAUCAAAGAGCAAGGAUCUUCAGCCGCGGAUUUGACAGCUUUUGUAAGUGACAUGUAUAAGUUGAAUUCCAGACCCACAAAACACAAGAGAGAGGCGGAACCAAGUCUCAUCAAUCCAAGUACUGAAUAAGUCUUUAUCAC